AUGGCUGUCGUGUCUUGGAGCAGCAUCGCCUCCUUCGUCGGCUGGCGCCUGUGGGAGCAGUGGGACGCCGACGAGGCUGAUGCCGCCAUUGACCUGACCCCCGGCUCUUCCACCGGCCUGGCUGCCAGCCGCCCUGGUGCCAUCGGGCGCCGUGGUGGGAGCAUGCGCCAUCGGCCCUCCUUGCCGCCACCGGCCCCUUCACUGCCGGCUUCGACGCGGCCCUCGUCCGCCAUUCCUUCGGCCACCAGUUCCGUGACCAACCUGUCUGCCCAGAGUUACGCGCGUAAUUCCUACUCCGCCUCGGCCACCUCCCUCCACUCAGCCACCUCGACAUCAGUCCCUUCAUCGUACAAGCCGAUGCAGGAGCACACAUCGACAGUGUCAUCGUCAUCAUCACCACCACCACCACCGCUGCAAGAAGAUGAUCAGACGACGAAUGUCAUGCACCAACGCAUCGGCACCCUCAAGUCCGCCAUCCUCAUCUCCAGCACACUCCUCGGCCUCUCUCCCAUCCUCAUGUCCCUGACCCUCUCCACAACCUGCGACUCGAUCUACGCCAUGUCCUUCUGGCUCCUCGCUGUCAACAUAUUCUCCUUCGACUACUCGACCGCCCCCUCGGCCUCCUCAGCACGCACCCCCGCCUCCCUCUCCACGAACGCCGCCCUCAUGGCCUCCACCGUCCUCGCCUCCCGCCUCCCCUCCUCCCCCAGGUCUUCUCCCUGA